GCGACACUGCUAACGCCAAAAAUCUUUGUUGAUUUUGUUUUGAACAUUACAUUGUGUUUACGAGAGGUGGUGAGCAACAUUUCUGGGUCAUGGAUCGGAAAUAUAAUCAUCGGCUGCUGACCCAUGUCCACCUCAUCCCUGAGCCGAUUAUAGACAGAGGACCGAUACAAUACAGUCCUCCGGCCCCAGCAAAACGACGUGUGGUGCAGCAGCAGCAGCCACAGACGCGUGAGGUGCGUCCGCGUCUGCUGCUGCAUACGCCUGAGGUGCGUCCGCGUGUGCUGCUGCGUACGCCUGAGGUGCGUCCACAUCUGCUGCUGCAUACGCCUGAGGUACGGCCACCUCUGCUGCAGACACCUGAGGCGCGGUCGAUUCUGCUGCAGACGUCUGAGGCCGAUGCGCCUCUACUGCAGAUACCUGAGCCGCGGCGGCCUCUGCUGCAGACGCCUGAGAAGCAGCCGCCUCUGUUGCAAACACCUGAUGCACGGCGGCCUCUGCUGCAGACGCAUGAGGUGCAGCCGCUUGUGUUGCAAACACCUGAUGCGCGGCUGCCUCUGCUUCAGGCGCCUGAGGUGCGGUCGCCUCUGCUGCAAACACCUCAAGUGCGUCCACCUCUUCUCCAAACGCCUGAGGUGCGGGAGCCUCUGCUGCAGGCACCUGAGGUGCGGGAGCCUCUGCUGCAGGUGCCUGAUGCGCGGCUGCCUCUACUGGAGACACCUGAGGUGGGGGAACCUCUGAAGCAGACACCUGAGAUGCGGGAGCCUCUGCUGCAGACACCUGAGGCACGGAUGCCUCUGCUGCAGACACAUGACGUGCGGCCGCCUCUGCUGCAGAAGCCUGAUGCGCGGCCGCAUCUGCUGGAGACGCCUGAUGCGCGGCCGCAUGUGCUGGAGACGCCUGAUGCGCGGAUGCCUCUGCUGCAGACACCUGACGUGCGGCCGCCUCUGCUGCAGAAGCCUGAUGCGCGGCCGCAUCUGCUGGAGACGCCUGAUGCGCGGCCGCAUCUGCUGGAGACGCCUGAUGCGCGGCCGCAUCUGCUGGAGACGCCUGAUGCGCGGCCGCAUCUGCUGGAGACGCCUGAUGCGCGGCCGCAUCUGCUGGAGACGCCUGAUGCGCGGCCGCAUCUGCUGGAGACGCCUGAUGCGCGGCCGCAUCUGCUGGAGACGCCUGAUGCGCGGCCGCAUCUGCUGGAGACGCCUGAUGCGCGGCCGCAUCUGCUGGAGACGCCUGAUGCGCGGCCGCAUCUGCUGGAGACGCCUGAUGCGCGGCCGCAUCUGCUGGAGACGCCUGAUGCGCGGCCGCACCUGCUGGAGACGCCUGAUGCGCGGCCGCACCUGCUGGAGACGCCUGAUGCGCGGCCGCACCUGCUGGAGGCACCUGAUGCGCGGCCGCACCUGCUGGAGACGCCUGAUGCGCGGCCGCACCUGCUGGAGACGCCUGAUGCGCGGCCGCACCUGCUGGAGACGCCUGAUGCGCGGCCGCACCUGCUGGAGACGCCUGAUGCGCGGCCGCACCUGCUGCAGACGCCUGAUGCGCGGCCGCACCUGCUGCAGACGCCUGAUGCGCGGCCGCACCUGCUGCAGACGCCUGAUGCGCGGCCGCACCUGCUGGGGGCGCCUGAUGCGCGGCCGCACCUGCUGGAGGCGCCUGAUGCGCGGCCGCACCUGCUGCAGGCGCCUGAUGCGCGUCCUCCCCUGCUGCAGGCGCCUGAUGCGCGUCCUCCCCUGCUGCAGGCGCCUGAUGCGCGUCCUCCCCUGCUGCAGGCGCCUGAUGCGCGUCCUCCCCUGCUGCAGGCGCCUGAUGCGCGUCCUCCCCUGCUGCAGGCGCCUGAUGCGCGGCCGCCCCUGCUGGAGACGCCUGAUGCGCGGCCGCCCCUGCUGCAGACGCCUGAUGCGAGGUCACGUCUGCUGCAGACACCUGAGGUGCGUUCACCUCUUCUGCGAAUGCCUGAUGCGCGGCCGGCUCUGCAGCAGACAUUUAAGGCGCGGCCGUCUCUGCUGCGGUCGCAGCUGCUGGCGCAGCAGAGCCAACAUCUGUCCAUGACACAGGGCCCUGUGUGUAGCUACGCCGCAAGUGACGAGCACAGUCACAGAGGCAGAAGUGAUAUUGGUACAGGUAAGUCAAAAAUGGAGAAAAAAUCUCAUUUUAACAUACAUUUUAAUAUGAUAUCACGUAUGAUACCUAUGUUGAUACAGGAAGAUACAUAUAAUCUUAACAACAGUAUUGUUCUAAACGUUUCAUGUAAUGCUGCUAUUGACAGAAACUUAACUCAAAUUCACUUUUCAUGA